CAAAGCGAUGCGAACGUGUUCAAAAGGCCUUGCUCCUCAAAAUAAAAUUUAAAAUCUGUAGUCUUACGCGAAAUGGACUGAAGAACUUGUCGAAAUCAUCUUCGAUUUUGGUGUUGAGUGGAAAAAUUUUAAAGUAUUAAAAAGUUGAAGUUCAUACGCUGAAUGCAUAUUAAUUAUUAUUAUUAUAUUGUUAAAUAAAAACCUUAUUGGUAUGGUAUUGUCUUUGAAUAUCUAAAAACAUAAAGAUUAAACUGCAGACAUCGAAAAGUGUUUUUAAGAAAGCAAACCAACUCAGCAAAUCUCUCAAAAAGAAUGGGCAAAAAAUAACGCAAUUUUGUCAGGAAACCGCUGCGUGCAACAUGUGAUGUCACAGGGACAAAGUAUGGAAGGCCUAUCAAAACAUUUGCCAUUUAGCCGGUUUAGCAGGCAUUGUCAAACGGCCAGUGGACCGCCAACUGGAAAUUAGCAGGCCGUUACACUAACCGAAUCGAAAUGGACGGGGGGUGGUGGAGGUGUUGGCUUCCCGGCGGAGCGGAGGGCGCAAAAGCCAACAUGAAAGGACACUCGACACCAAAUGGGGCAGCUGCCGACCGCAGGAACAUCAAAAGGGGCGGCGGGGGAGGGGGAUUGGGAGGCGUGGUGUUUGGGGGCUGUGUCCAUCCUGGCCUGCUGUUAUUUGUGCUGACAGCGCUGACACUAACGAGCUUAAUAACGCCCACAGAGCAGCUGACAGUGGCGCCAAACGGAACCACUCUGCAGCAAGUGGACCCGGCGGAGUCCUUUGGAUCCUCGGCAUAUGCAGCCAUGGCUGCCGACUUCUACCGCCGCACCAAUGGCACUCUAAAUGGAACGCUGGCGGCGGAGGGCAGAGCCCACCUGAACCACAGACUACGGCCGCCGCAGGAGAAUGGCAGCCAGUACCUGGACUACGACGAUGACUCCGGUCCGGACUGCUCGUACAGCUACAACUUCGUCCUGAAACUCAUCACGAUGAUCCUGUACGCACUGGUCUGCAUCAUCGGCUUGUUUGGGAACACCCUCGUGAUCUACGUGGUGAUGCGGUUCUCCAAGAUGCAGACCGUGACGAACAUCUACAUCCUGAACCUGGCCAUCGCCGACGAGUGCUUCCUGAUCGGGAUUCCCUUUCUGCUCUACACCAUGCAGGUGGGCAAUUGGUCCUUCGGGAACUACAUGUGCAAGGCGUACAUGGUGAGCACCUCGAUCACCUCGUUCACCUCCUCGAUCUUCCUGCUGAUCAUGUCCGCGGAUCGCUAUAUAGCCGUGUGCCACCCCAUAUCCUCGCCCCGCUAUCGGACCCCCUUCGUCUCGAAGCUCGUGUCGGCCUUCGCCUGGAUGACCUCCGUGCUCCUGAUGCUGCCGGUGAUCCUCUUUGCCAGCACCGUGCAGUCGAGCAACGGGAACGUGUCGUGCAACAUCGAGUGGCCCGACACCCAGAACUCGCACACCGACUCCACCUUCAUCCUGUACUCGCUCGUCCUCGGCUUCGCCACCCCGCUCACCUUCAUCCUGGUCUUCUACUGCCUCGUGAUCAGGAAGCUCCACACCGUGGGCCCCAAGCACAAGUCCAAGGAGAAGAAGCGCUCCCACAGGAAGGUCACCAAGCUGGUGCUCACGGUUAUUAGUGCGUACAUAUUUUGCUGGCUACCCCACUGGAUUUCUCAGGUGGCUCUGAUCAGCUCGGCCCCGCAGCGUUGUGCCUCCCGCCUGGAGCUGGCGGUCUUCCUGGCCUGCGGAUGCCUGAGCUACUCGAACUCGGCCAUGAACCCCAUCCUGUACGCCUUCCUCAGCGACAACUUCAAGAAGAGCUUCAUGAAGGCGUGCACCUGUGCGGCGCGCAAGGACGUGAAUGCCCAGCUGCAGCUGGAGAACAGCUUCUUCCCCAAGUUCGGCAAGGGCAGGCAGUCGGAGCGGCUGCUCGGAGGCGGGGGGAAGGGUGGUGCUGGCCAACGGGGGGCGAUGGCCAAGAAGAAGGCCUUGGCGGCGAGGAACAAUAACGCUCCGAUGGCCACGACCACCACCACGACGACGACCACCGCCGCGGGCACGGAUGCGGUUACCUGCCUCCAGCCGGCGGUGCUCCAGGUGCCCGCCGAGAUCCAGGUGGGCGGCAGUCCGGCCACCGUGCUGGUGGUCAACGCCGAGACCAACAACUGCAAGCCCCCCGUGCUCCACACCGACUUAUAAGACCCGGCUCCCUCGAUGCCCCUCGAAGCGGUGGUGUUCAUCGCCCGCAGAUGAGACCUGCAGAUGGAACUGGAACUUCACUCGGUGGAGGAUCAUCGCCAGUCGGAGUGCUUGCUGUAGGUUAACCAUUUACUGGAUUGAUAUUUUAUAAUACUAGGGAAGAGCUAAGCGAAAACGGGGAAAAAACAAUAGGAUAUCUGGAGGGUGGAAUCUCAGAUUAAAUAUACAUUUAAGAAACCAGAAAACAAGGAACUCCUUUUUAUAGCAAACUAAUUAUCCCAAGUUAAAUAGCAUUUUUAAUUAGUUUUUUUAAGAUUCUUAUUUAUAUUAUUAUCUAGCAAUACAAGUAGUUUUGUAAACUUUCAAAAACAUUUUUUUAAUAAACACAAUUUAUAUUACAACAAGUAAGAUAAAAAGAAGAUUAAAGAAGUAUUUUUGUAAUGAACAAUAUUUUGCCAAAUUUAUAUAAACCUUUUAAAACAGUUUUUGACAACAUAAAUAUAAAAGUCAGGAAUUUUUUAAAAGGGUAGCUGAAUUUGCUUAUAGAACAAAUUAGUUCCAUACAACCAUUUAAGUUUUAUACAGUUGUUCAUAAUUUAAAAAUCUAAUAAACAAAUAUUAAAUCUAACGGGGUAACAAGAAAUAACUCAUAUACCAUAUUUUUACCGUUUUCGCAUUGGCAAGCUUAGCAGAUAAGUAUUUAUAUAAGAUUUCCUCGUUAUUCAGUGUGCGUAUUGUCGUUUUCAAGAUUACAUACUCUGCUAGAAUUAGCUUGAUAAUCUUUUUAAGUCGAAGAGUAAGAGUAAAAGUACAUAAAUGUGGCUGGUUGUGGAGCAGUUGGAAAAUGAAAAAAAAUAUCAAAGUAGGCCAAAGAUUAAAUCUUUAUGUUCAAGGAAAGACUUUGACGAGCGGCAAGUUUAACUUAAAUCAUUAAAUUUGCCAUAAGUGAAUGAAAACGAAAAGAAUUCCAGAAAUGCAAAUUGUUCCAUUGGAAAUAA